AUGACCAAGAAUGGACUGGACGCAUUACCGGCUUGCGCCGUCAAAUGCCUCACGCAGACGUGCGCAUGGUCCGAUGUUGCGUGCCUCUGUCAGGCUGCUGUAUCGGACCCCUUGGAAAGCUGCCUGCUCUCCAUAUGCAGCAUUCCACAAGGAUUACAAUCGAGAUACAUUAUAGGCAACUCGUGCCAACUCCCCGUCAGAGACCAUGGCAUAAAAUAUGCAGUCCUGGUCUUCACCUUGGGCCCCUUGGCCUUCUGCAGCAUUAUCCUCCGUGUUCUCUACAAGCAGCUCUUCAGCGCAAGAAGGGUCAUGGAAUAUGAUGACUAUACCAUCAUGUGUGCCAUCCCCGUGGGCCUCGCCAUUGUCCCUGUAGUCAUCGUCGGCCUCAACAGCCACGGACUUGGUAAAGACAUGUGGGGGGUACCCCAGCCCGAUUUGGAAACCUUUGGCCUCUUCUUCCUCAUCACCGUCUUUCUUUACAUCAUACUCAUGUGUCUGAUCAAACUGACCCUUUGCUUCUUCUAUCUCAACAUCUUCUCGGGGAAAUCCAUCCGCAACCUCCUGUGGGCCACAGUCGCUUUCCACGUCCUCACCUCCGUCAUAUUCAUCAUGCUAAAUUUGAUUGCAUUCGACCCCAUCAGCACCUAUUGGAAGAGGUACGACUGGACCGAGGAGCGUUCUUUCCAGCAGCGCUGCAGCUUCAUUGCACCAGGAUACGCCAAUGCCGUCACCAGCGUCGUGUCCGAUUUUUGGCUCUUGGCAAUCCCCCUCAGCCAGGUCCAGAAAUUGAAGCUGCACUGGAAGAAGAAGGUUGGCGUCAGUUUCAUGUUUUUAACUGGAGCAUGCGUUACAGUCAUCUCCCUCCUCCGGUUGAAAUCUGUUCAUCACUACGAAAAUUCUACGAACCCAACGUGGUACGAGUGGGAUCUGGCCAUGUGGUCGACCCUUGAGAUCACCAUCGGCUUGACCUGCACGUCUCUGCCCACAGUGCGUCUCAUUCUCGUCCACUUUGCGCCUCGGUUCUUCGGUUCGACUCGCCAACUUUCAAGGCCUUCAGUCGAUCUUCCGCGUCGACCAACAGAACCGCCUCUCUGCUCUGGCCAUACGCUGCAGACGAUGGCUCGCCCUCCUUCGCCAAAACCUUCGACGCCCCGACGAGACAGCCAAGUAACGUUCGGAUCUGAAGAGAAACUGCGGCAACCUCCGGAACUCGCUGUCUGA